UCGUAGUGUCUGCCACCACCACCACCACCACCACCACCGCCGCCGCUGCCACACGGACCGACGCCUCCACCACCCACACCACGUGAACACACAUCUUGUCCUGUAACCUGACUCUGGCUAGCGUGGGGGUGUGAGGUGUGUAGUAGUGCUCUAAAGGAUAUACAAUAAGUCACUUGUCACCAUGACUGAGGGUGAGGCAACCACCAAUGGCCAGACAGCCGAUGCAGACCAGACCAAAGAUGUUGAAACAAAGAUCAUUCGCCAAGUCGAGUAUUACUUUGGUGACUAUAAUCUCCCAAGAGACAAGUUUUUGCAGGAGGAGAUAAAGAAUGAUGAUGGAUGGAUUGCUCUAGAGACCAUGACAAAGUUCAAACGUUUGGCAGCAUUAUCUACAGAUAUUGCAGUAAUAGUGGCAGCUUUAAAGAAGUCUUCCAGUGGUGUUAUUGAGAUCCAUGAAAAUAAUGAAAAAAUUCGCCGAUCUCCUUCUCACCCAUUACCAAUCUUCAAUGAUGAGCUAAAAGAAGAGACAAUGAAGCGUACCAUCUACUGCAAAGGCUUCCCAAAAGAUGGGUCAGUGAAGCUAGAUGACCUACUGGAAUACUUCAAGAAGUAUGGACCAUAUGAAACUAUUCUGAUGCGUCAUUAUUUUGACAAGGAAUCGAAGAAGCAGGGUUUUAAAGGAUCAAUUCUGAUUGUAUUUCCAACGGAAGAAAAAGCAAAGGAAUUUAAGGAAUUAAAUGAAGUCAAAUAUCUAAAUGUUCAUCUGCUUCGUAAAUGGCACGAAGAGUAUGUAGAAGAGAAGAAAAAGGAAAUUGAAGAACGUAAAGCCAGGAAAGAAGCGAGGAAGAAGAAAGAGGAGAAAACUGAUGAGAACAAGGAAGAUGUUAGUCCAGAAACGACAGAGAUGGAGAUUCCAAAGGGUACUUUCCUUUACUUUUCUGGCCUGACUGAAGGAUCUGAAGCAACCAGGGAAGACGUUAAAGAGUCCCUGGGAGAGUUUGGUGAUCAGUGUGCAUGGAUUGAUUUUAGCCGUGGUAUGACAAAAGGAUACAUACGUUUCAAAGAAGAAGAAUUCAACAAGAAAGUUCUGGAAAAGAUGGAAGGGAAGUUAAAGAUUAAGGACUUGGAAGCAGACUUACGCAUAGUUGAAGGAGAUGAGGAGGACGCUCAGAUAAAAAAGAUGAAGGAAGCGCGAUCCAGAGCUAGAGCCAAUCCAGCGAAGAAGCGAAAAUCUGGUCGCGGUGGCCAUUUUCCGAAUAAGAAAAAGUUUUAAUGUCGAGAUCAUUUUACAUGACCAUCACUGCUUUUCACAUGAUUUUUUGUAAUUUUUAAUUACAUCAUUUAAAUAUUUGAUAGUAUAUUAAACUAGCUAAAAUUGUAUAUAUUUUAGCUAAACAAAUAUAAUCUUUUAUAAUUUAUAAAGUUUUUAUAGAAUGGCAUUUAUUUAAUUAUUUCCUUUUUCCCCAUCAAUUAUCAGAUUCUGAGGAAAUAUAGAUAUUGAUGAGGCACAAGAAUAAAUUAUUCGUAUUGGGAAAUAAUUACAUUUUAGGUCAAAACUAAAGUUGUGGAAAUCUUGAAUUUUUUUCAAGUAUUAAGAUAUUUUAAUAUCAUGCAAAAUAAUUGCAUGUUAAUUAAGUUCCAAUAAUGUAUUAUUAAUAUGUAUAUGAAGACAUUGUGAAGUAAGGAUGUUAUACCAGAAUUAAGUACUGUGUAUGGCAAAGAUAAAUUUGAGAUAGAACUUGGCAAGCUUCCAACAAGAGAUGGUCCAUUGUGAAUUUGUCGUUAUUAAUACCAUUGUUCUCGAGAUAAAAAUACCACACGCAUUAUCAAAUAGGUUAGAAAAGCAUACCUAUUUAUUGCCUACUAAUUAGUAGAGGUUCACAAUUUUUAUUUUGUUAGGCUAGAUAAUUUUCUAAAUGUCAAGAAUUCUCAUCUGACAUAAUUACAGGUAUGACUUGUAAUUAUAAUAUACUGUUAACAAUUUCUUAAUUCUGUAGAUGUUUUCUUUUAAAUAUUUUUUAAAUUAUUCCAGUUUCAGUGAAGUGUUAUAUUGUGAUAUUUUUACUUGAAAUAUUAAAAAUUAUUAAAUGUAA